GGUGUCGCUAACGCACCAGCAUGUUUCUAAUAAAUCACCAAACAGAGUGAGCUCAUGCCACAGUAUUGGCUAAUGGCUGAAUUAGACAUUGGAAAACAUUGUCAGGUCGAUACCUGCAAUCUCAAAGAUUUUCUUCCAUUUGUUUGUGACUCCUGUAAUGGUGUUUACUGCCUUGAGCACAGAAGCAGAGAGGCCCACUCCUGCGCAGAGGAAACGGUAACAAGGGAAUCUAAGUGGACUGGAGGCAGCACCAGUUAUCCCUGCUCCUUUGAAGACUGCAAGGGAAAAGAGCUGCUGCCAGUUUUAUGCCCACACUGUGAAAAGCACUUCUGUUUGGUCCACCGUCAUCAAGAUGAUCACCAGUGUGAGAAGUUGGAGGUCCAGAAGCCUCGGAUGGCAGCCACAAAAGAGUUGGUGCAAAAGAUUUUAGAGUCGAAGGAUGGAUCCAAAAGCAAAGGGCGCAGAGGGGCAAAGAAUGCUGCCACUGCUGCAAAGGUAGCUCUGAUGAAACUAAAGCUGCAUGCUGCUGGAGACAAGGGACUGCCACAGACAGAAAGAACCUAUUUGCAGGUUUAUCUUCCAAAAGAAUCCAAGGACAGGAGCCGACCCAUGUUUUUCUCUUCAAAAUGGACCGUGGGUAAAAUGGUGGACUAUGCAGCCUCCUUAGCUGGCCUCAAGAACAACAACAAUGUUCUGACAGCCAAGAAGCUGCGUCUGUGUCACCCCGAGUCAGGCCAGGCUCUGCAGAUGGGCGACUCCCUGCAGUCUCUGCUGGCUAACCCUGAAGCUCCACUGUACAAUGGUGGCAAUGUGAUUCUGGAAUACCUGGACAAUGACUCCACGGGACUGGAGGAUGUUUCUCAUUAUAUUAUUCAGUCAUGACAUGGCAAUAUCAAUGAUAUUCAGAUGUUGUGCAGGUUUUUAUUUAUGUGAAUAAAAAUAUUUUUGUGGAA